AUGACAUUGUUAAACUCUGUAUAUUUAUCAAUGGUAAAAAUUUAUGAUGGUGGCCAAUGUGAUGGGAAUCGAACUAUUCGUUGGGAUCAAUUUUGUGAUGGAACUUAUGAUUGUUUAAAUAAAUAUGAUGAAAAUGGACCGUUUUGUAAACAAUGUGUUAACAAUUUAUAUUUAUGUCCACCAGAAGAUGAUAUUCGCUGUGAUUUAGCAUGCAAGGUUGUUGGUUACAUACCAUGCCAAACUAUACAAGAUCGUCGAGCAUGUUCAUACAUUUUACAUGGAUAUAAUAGUCAUCAAUCAUACUUCACGCCUUAUUUAUUAUUGAAAGACUUUAAUUUUUAUGUGGCUGUUGGAAUUGCCACCGUUAUCUUUUUAGUUAUUAUUAUUGCUACAACAGUAUUUAUCAAAUAUCUUAUUCGAACACGUAAAAAUGUCAGAUCUUGUUUAAGAGAUUCUUCUAAAAAUUCGUCAAAUACAACAGCGCAAUAUACAUUGAAUUUUCAACAAAAUUUUCCAUCAAAUCAAGAUGAAUCUAGUCAUCCAUACGAACAAUACUAUGAGCCUCCACCAUAUUAUGCUACUCAUAAAUAUCCGGAAACUCUUGCUCGUUUAGCUGAUGAACAACAACGAGCAUAUCGUACCGUUCGAGAGGCCUAUGAACAUUCAUUGUGA